CUGACAGUGCAAAUUCGAGGACGGGACGGACGGCGAGCAGUCGCGCUGCUUUAUGACCCUCUUACCUCUUACCUUACCGUUUCUUCUUCCUGCCAAGAACGACUACCGCGCGGCGCGGCGCGGCAAACCCGCCGCGCGGAGGCCGCGUACUCCGGUGAGGAUUUCGCCGCGAUCAGUUUGCAUUUGCUAGCCGGUAGUCAUCUAGCGCGAGAGGGAGAUCCGCUCGGGACCUAUACGCGCGCGCCGAGUGCUCCGUCUUCCUCGUCGUCGCCGUCGGCCAGGAUAUUCGUUCACGGGUUCCGCCAGGGGUUCGCCUCCGUCCAUCCCCCCCCCCACCAAUCUUCCCCCGUGGAGGUCGUACACGAUAAUCGAUCCACCUGUUAAGCCGUCAAUGAGAGAAAGCUUUAUCACACGGUGAAACUCCUUCGGACCAGACCAUCCUCCACGAGAAACCGACCGUUGCCCGGCCGUACGAAUAUCGAAGAAGCCUUCGCCACACAGUCGGGAAGACACGAUAAAAAGAAAGCUGCGGCAAGAUGGAGGAGGAAGAUAUGAGGACGACAGUAGAGCUAUACAUUUAUGAUCUCACCAAGGGAAUGGCCGCAAUGAUGUCGUCCUUGCUUAUUGGUCGCCAGUUGGACGGAAUAUGGCACACGGCUAUAGUCGCGUACGGCAGGGAGUAUUUCUACGGGCCCGCCGGUAUCCAGAGUGUCCGACCCGGCGGCACUGAGCUACGGGAUCCUCAAAGAGUCGAGAAGCUCGGCGAGACCUACCUACCCUACACGGUCUUCCUGGAAUACAUAAACGGCCUGGGGACUUCCACGUUCGCACCGGGCACGUACCACCUCUUCAAGCACAACUGUAAUUCCUUCACUGAAGAAGUUAGUAACUUCCUGGUGGGCAAGGGCAUUCCUAAGUUUAUCCUUGAUUUACCGGAGGAAAUAUUACAAACACCUAUUGGACAAGCUUUAGGCCCGUUGAUAGAAACAUUAAGUAAUAGCGCGAGUGCGGGAUUCACAGUCGGUCAGAGAUUCGUCGAACCGAGACUCCAGAGGGAAGCCUCGCCGGAAUAUCAACUCUUAAAUACAGCUAUUGAAGAAGCGAGGUUGAAUUCGAUCGCGUUAGAGGAACGGAGGAACGUCAUUAACGAGAAGCUAGCGAAGAAAGACCGAAAGAAGAAAAAGAAAAAAAAGGAGAAGAAAGAAAAGGGCAGCAAGGAAACCACCAGCAGUGACAGCAACAGUACCGGACCAAGCAAUUGCUGCGCAAAUAUGGCAGAAAAUGAGAAUGCGGUCGGCGAAACUCAACAACAGGGAGCCAAUGGGGAGAACGCGCCCGCGGAGAUGCUGCCAUCUGAGCGAGUGAUGCAAAUGGAAGAGGACGAGAAGCGCGAGCAAGAAGAGAAGAAGCGCCGUCGAGAUCCACCAAUAGUGUUCAAGGAUCUGGUAGACGUGCGAACGGAAUACGAGGGUUUGGUAAGCGCUCUUAAGGGGAAGUUAAACGACGAGGAGCAAACGUGUCUGGAUGAACUGCGACAAUACGUGUUGGAGGACGAGGGAUCCUGGGCUUUAGGUGACAACUUCUUGAACUUUGUUGGUCGAGUUCUCUAUGAUAAAUCGUUAGACAGUGACGUGCGAGUAAAAUUACUGAACGUGCUGUCCGUCGCCGCACUAAAAGACGAUGUGAUUCUGUUGCUGCAUCAAGACAGGCGAGAGCACAUCAUCAUGAGCUAUGCCUACGACAUCGAUCGACAUCCGCUAGAAGAGCAACUUCCUCUUGCACAGUUUUUGGCAAAUAUGUUUGAGAACCUCAGCAGCUCAGAAUGGCUGCUCUACAUAUCCGAGUGGCAACAUCAGGAUCAAAAUGUCAGCAGCAAUAUCAGCAACAUAAGGGUGACGACCAAGGUUGCGGUGCAUUCCUUGCUCUCAAACUCGGAGGACCUGCAGAUCCGCGGCGCGGCCAUCAUCCACAACCUUGCCUGCAAGGAGAAAAUGAACAAAAGCAAAAAUCUGCGGCGACUUUUACCGAAAGGCAGCAUUUCUAAGGUGUUUGACGACGUCGCAGUGGAACUGACAAUGGCGUUACUACAAUACUUCAACGGUAGUCCUGCGGAGGAGCAGCUGUACACAUGUAUGAAGUCCCUCGCGCGUUUCACACAGAUUAGCGGCCAAGACGUGCCACAGCUGAUACAGAUGAUCGGACCCGAACCGAACAAAUUCAGGGGUACCUCCCAGAGGAUCGACGAGCAGAUUGAACAAGUUAACAAGAAGUUGCGCUAAAAUGUCCAUCUCGACCGUCUGCGAAAAUGUCACGUUCCACAAGUGCGAGAUAAAAUCGGACGCGCUUCUUCCAUGUUCAAAGUGGAUUUUUACUUAAAGAUUCUAUCAAGUUGGUCAUCUAUUUAUUAUAAAUAUUAUUAUUAUUAUUUAUGGAAAUUAAUUAUAUUGUUGUCACUUUAAUAUUA